UUCCACCCGACAAAAUAUUGCAAGCGUAUUCUUUACACAGAUCAUGAUAUUUUAAGGGAAGUUUGUCUGCAAAACUUCGGCAUCAGUAGUAUGCAAGAUGUCAUGGUUGUCAGGAUUGACAGGAAAUGUUGAAGAAUUUCUCAACAAAAUUGACCAGUCAGCAGCUGGAGCCUUGAAGACUGAAAGUGAGACAAGUUACGCAUCAGGAAAUGUUUCUGGUAGUAAAAGAAGUGAUCACACAGCUGAUGCUGCUUCCUCAAGACAGUAUAUUCAAAAUCCUGCACCUGUUGGUUCCACUAAAUUAAGUGGUCAAGGAACAGACAAAUCCUCACCAUUUGUGACUAAACCAAUUCGUCAAACACUUACAGGAUUAUCUAAAUCACCAAGUACUCCACUACAGUCAAACAUCAAACAGGGUAGUUCUCCCAGUCCAGUCCAAAAACCACAAGCAAGUGCAGUCUCCUCUGUAUCAACUCCACAACAAGUAUCUACAGUAACAACUCCAGGGGGCAAGAAAAAGAUUGACUCUGAUGAAGCUUUGUUUGACUUUCUAAAUAGCAGUGAUCCAGUGGAAUCAACUAGAAAGAAAAGUACAACUCCAAUCAGUAGUGCUAGACAUUCGCGACAGUCAAGCACAUCCUCCACCAUAUCAAGUAAAGGCAAUAAGAGCUCGGAUGCACCACCCUCGACAAGUGGAUCAUCAAUAGUGCAUAUAGAUUCAGUUGGACCAGCAAGUGAACGAGAAAGUCCAAACUCUGAGCCUGAUGGGCUUGCUGAUGUAGCAGCACUAGCUGAUGCUAUGCUAGAGCAAAGUCCUAGCAACAGCGUCCAUAGCAACCAAGGGUCAGAAACAGCUGGGGAAGCUCAUCAGAAAAUGUCAUCGCUAGAGCUGGAGAAUAAGCUUCUGAAAAAUGAAGUUGCUUCUCUUAACCAGGAGAUGUCUUCCAUCAUACAGCGAUCCAAGGAUUCAAAUUCUGAAUUGAAUAUUACAAAACAGAAGCUGGAUUCUUAUCAUCAGUCAGCGUCCAUGCAUGACCAGCUAGUUCGUGAAUUGCAGUCACGAGAAUCAGAUCUGACAGAGGCUUUGGGGGCCAAAGACUCCCAACUGGCUGUUCUUAGAGUCAGACUAGAGGAAGCUGACAAAGAGCUGUCAAGGAAAGAAGCAUCUAUACAUGGUCUCCAGUCACACAGGGACAGGAUACUUCAGGAUCAUACAGAUUCCAGUGGUAUGCACAGUCAGGCCCUCGACACUCUCAAGUAUAAACUAGUGGAGGUUGAGACUGCACUACAGAGGGAACAGGAGGCAUACAAAAAGGCUCAGCAAGAGGCGUCAGAUAGACAAAGUCGACUGGAAAAUGAACAGAGAAGUCUGGCUGAAGCCCUUACCUCCUCAGAACGGAAAUUUAAUGAGGAAAAAGCCAAAGUUUCUGAAAUAUCUGUCCAGAUGAAAACACUCAAGAGUAGUGCUGACUCGGCCAAACAAGAACUGUCAGAGUACAAGGAGAAGGCCACAAGGAUACUGCAGUCCAAGGAGAGACUAAUUGCCAGUCUAAGAGAGGGGUCUGGAGCUGCAGGGGAGAUGGCUGGAGUGUCCAGUCUGGAGUAUGACUCGGUCAAACAGGAGCGUGACAUGUUUAGGGACGAGCUUCAGCAAUCCAGGAUGACUGUGGACAGUCUAAGGGUAGAACUGCAGGAUCUAGAGGGACAGUUACAGCGUGACAGUGAUGAGGCCAAUGACCAGAUUUGUGCUCUAGAGGACAACCUUAUGACUGAGAAACGUCGACGGGAGGACGCUGAGACUGAACUCCUCAAACAGAAACAGGAGAUGCAGUAUUCAAUAGAGGAGAUUCACAAACAAAAAGGAACAUUUCAGAACUGUGUUAGAGACAGAGAAAUGGAAAUAGAAAGACUCAGAAAUCAGCUCACAACAAAGUCGAUCAGUUCUACAUCUGAGAAUGAACUAGAAUCUCGUGUGAGGUCACUGACAGAGAGCCUCAUACACAAACAGACAAUGCUGGAGGCAUUGAGUACAGAGAAAAACUCACUCACCCUGCAGCUUGAGAGACUUGAGAUGCAGUAUAAAGAUGUCCAGGCCUCGUCUCUGAGGACCAACACGGCUGUCGUCCAUGUCAACGAUGAUGAUGAAGUGCGACAGAGACUACCAGCGUUCAUGCGUGAGGCAGCCACAGACACAGAAGUGACCAAAAAAAUGAAGCGGGCUGCCAACUCUAUUGAUAAGCUCGGAAUACGCCUUGGAGUUUUCCUAAGGAGAUACCCCAUUGCCAGAGUAUUUGUGAUAUUAUACAUGGCAAUGCUGCACCUUUGGGUUAUGGUUGUGUUGCUGACGUACCAGCCGGAGAUGCAUGGGGCUGACCAUGGACAACCAUUGCCUCCACCUGGCGCCCGCUGAAGAGUGCUGGCACUCGCAGACAACAGCUGUGUUAUUAAACUAUUUAUGUCUUUCUGCUGUUUGGUACAGCAAGGGGAACAACUCUUUCACUCCAUAAGAUCAUGUCCAUUAAGUCCUUUCUUGUUUUGUCGUUGUCUGAUGGUACCCCAGGUGAUACGAUACUCUCCUUAGGAUGACUGCUUGCUUCGGUGUCAUAUAAACCAUUUAAGUGCGAGUUCAAUCGGAAUCUACCGACUAUGGUCUUAAUAAAGAGGAGCAAAUUCACUUUUAUUACAUGUUAAGAGCAUGUGUAGAGAAACUAGCAGGUACAAUGAAUAUGUCCGGUAAUUGACUAUGGAUUAACAUCCAGAUUUAAUGUGUCUGACCACAGGAAUUAGACACCAUUUGUACAUUCACCACCACUUGGAAGCAUGGCAUUGGUAGGUUUUUGUUUUUUUUGUUUUUUGUUUAUUUUUUCAUUUCAACAAAUUUUGUUAUUAUAAAACAAAUGGAUUGGACAACAGGCAAGCCUAUAUAAGUCCCCUCCAAUAUCUUGUUUAUCUGUAUAGUAUGGAAUAUAGGAAUCUUAGUAAAAUUUUGAUGAUUGAACUUGUAACACAUUCAAUCUAUUUGACUUAAAUUUUACCAAGGUAGAUGUGGGAAUAGUGUAAUUCCUUUAAACUUUAUAUUGCAAUUCAAAUACUGGAAAACAUUUUAUAAAGCAUUUUGAGCUAUAGAUGUCUGCUUCAUUUUCAUUUUCUUAUUAAUGGAGAGCUACGUGGCAUAUGUGUUAAAUUUGUUGAAACCGUGUGGUAUACAGUCUAUACUACAAGUUUGUUCAGCUUUUACGGAAAACCUUAAGACAUAUUGUAUGUAUUGAGAGUUUUAAGAAUUUUUACGGAAAAUUUGAAAAAAAUACAUUUGUACUCUAUACAAGUUUGUUAUGUAUUUAUUAAAAAGUUCAAAAUGUACAGGCUAUGUGACGCCCAGCUGUGUUUUUGCUUAUCUCUAUUGGAAUUAUUUGUCAGUUUGUUAUAUCUUCAAUUUGGUGUGAAACCAAAAUGCAAGUGUUUUACAUUAUAAGCAUUAGAUAUAUCUUUUUAUGUGGAUCUUUAGUUUUGUGUUAUUUAUUUCAUUUUAAUUUUAUAAAAUUCGAUUUUUUAUGUACAUCUUAAAUACUGGUACAGUGAAAUAAUCCAGUAUAUGUUUAAUUACUUUUGGUAGGAUUCUCAAUACAUCAGUUUUCACGAAAACACUAUGUCGAUUUGGUUUUGUAUUACUUAAUGUCCUGUUAACACCGAUGGUCAUUUAGGACAGCUCUCUCUGUCCUAUAAAGACUACCAUUAUAAAAAUAUUCCUAAUUCAAUAUAGUGCAAUCUUUAUUUAAACUCUGAAAAGUUACCAAUGAAGCAUAAUUAUAAUGCACUUCAACUUGAAAUUUUAAGCAGUUUAGUUUAGUGUUAAUACUUAUCAUUUUAAUCAUGAUAUGGAAAGUAAGUAUUAUUUAUCAUAGGUAAGCAAUAAGUUCUGAUAUAUAUUAAGUAUAUUGUUUUCUUCUGUAAAAGAAAUAAGCACUUGCAUGGGUUCAGUGCCAGGUUGUGCGUUGACUUGCCGGUAGUGCCCUGUUAAGGACGAUAUUAAAAAGAUUUGGGCAAUGACAUUGUUGGUAGAUAUUUGUUAUUACCAUGUAAUGGUAAUAUUCUUUAGUUUGUGAUCGUAUUGAUCUGGUGAUUACAUAUUGUGGAACUUAAAAGAUAUGCUUCAUUUAAUUUAAGUGAGAGAUGUAUAUGAAGUGACAGAGAUGCCUUGUUUAGCAAAGAGAAGAAGAAUUUCGUAUCAUUACGCAAGAAACAAAUCAUUAUGAAGUGGCACUAUUAUUGGUCACAAAACUGUAGCAAGAAAAAGGUCCAGUCUACUUUUCGUAGUUGUGUAAAAAUACACAAUGUUUUCUGGAUAAUGAUAGACAAAUCCUAAGUAAUAUUUGUGUAGCAUGAUACAAUUGAUCUGUGAUACAUUGUUUUAUUAUCUUGGUGUGCAAGCCUUGGGUGACAUGGUUCCAGAAAAAAUAUUUCAGGGUCCUCAUUUUUUCCAUGAGAACUACACUUGUACACCAUGCUAUGUAAUGUUUGACAAUUUUAUUAAGUGCUCAUCAGAUUAGAUACUUCGAUACUGAAGCUUGUAUACACGGUAGAUUUCAGCAUUGUCCUUUCAUUUUCCACUAUCCGUAGUAGAAUAUGCAUUUUCUGUGUCAGAAUUUUAAUUCACAUGGACAGAAAUGUUUGUACAGUAUGAUGGUUCAAUGUAUGCGUAAAAACAAAUUUCUUAGCAGACAUCAUUGAAGUGUAUAUGUGAGAGUUAUUUGGUUACAAAUACAAAUUCUCUCUAUAUAAAGAACAUAUCUUUGGAAAUGGAACAUGUUUUCUUGAGAGGUUGUCAAGUUCAUCCUCCAGAACAAAAUUUAUUGUGUUGUUUUUUUGUUACAAAUGUAGGAAAAAAAUGACAUGGCUGUUAUAAGGCCGUGUACAAGUGAUGACAUGGCUGUUAUAAGGCCGUGUACAAGUGUUGACAUGGCUGUUAUAAGGCCAUGUACAAGUGAUGACAUAAGGCUUUGUAAAACUGCAAGAAGCAACAUGACUGUUAUCAGGCACAUGUACAAGUUGGGACAACAUCAACAUUAUUUAGCUGGUGAAUAUGAAUACUGUUAUUGGAAUUUGUACAUGUAAACUGUGAUCAGAAAGGUCAAAGAUUUGAGAGGAAUGUGUGUGUUUGAAUUUUAUGUACAUAGCAUAUUAUGAUACAUUGUCAGUCACCAGAGUUUGAUUGUAUAUCAACAAGACAACUGUGAUUACUGACGAUGAUUAUGAUUGUGUGUUUGUUAUGUAAUAUAGUGGUUAACAUUAAAUAAUAUAUUAUUGCUUCAAGCAUAAUUUGUAAAUUUAAAAUAAAAGAGGGAACCCAUA